AUGUCAGAGCAGAACUCCACAGCUCCUGCAGGCAAGCAUCCAAAGCAAGAUGCAGCUAGCCCCAAUAAUAACACUAUGCCUCUUCCACUUAUCACCCAGACUGACUCACGGGACAAGUGGAGCAAGAAGAUGGACUUUCUGCUGUCAGUCAUUGGAUUUGCUGUGGACUUGGGAAAUGUUUGGAGGUUCCCAUACAUUUGUUACCAGAAUGGUGGCGGGGCAUUCCUGAUUCCAUACACAAUAAUGGCAAUUUUUGGAGGUGUUCCUCUCUUCUACAUGGAAUUGGCAUUGGGACAGUUUCACAGAACAGGUGCUAUCUCCAUAUGGAAACGUAUCUGUCCAAUUUUUAAAGGCAUUGGUUUUGCCAUCUGCAUUAUAGGCUUGUAUGUCUCAUUUUACUACAAUACCAUCAUAGCUUGGGCUCUGUAUUAUUUUUACUCCUCCUUCUCUGGGACUCUGCCAUGGACAAGUUGUGAUAACCCCUGGAAUACCCCUAAUUGUACCAACUAUUUUGGGAAAACUAAUAUUUCAUGGACCAAUUUCUCCAAAUCUCCAGCAGAAGAGUUUUACACGAGAAAGGUGCUGGGCAUCCAUGAGGCAGAUGGCCUGGAUGAUGUUGGAGGCUUGCGCUGGCAGCUGCUUCUCUGCCUCUUCAUCAUUUUUACCAUAGUUUACUUCAGUCUGUGGAAGGGGGUCAAAACAUCUGGAAAGGUUGUGUGGGUUACAGCAACCCUACCGUAUGUUGUCCUUUUCAUAUUGCUAAUAAGAGGUGCCACCCUGCCAGGCGCAUGGCGAGGGAUCCUAUUCUACCUGAGACCUAAUUGGGAGAAGCUGACAGACACUACAGUCUGGGUUGAUGCUGCUGCGCAGAUAUUUUUCUCUCUCGGUCCUGGCUUUGGAGUUCUGUUGGCACUGGCAAGUUACAACCCAUUCGACAACAACUGUUAUAGAGAUGCCAUUAUCACCAGUGUGGUGAACUGUGUCACCAGCUUUCUGUCUGGUUUUGUGAUUUUCACAGUACUGGGUUAUAUGGCCGAAAUGCGGGAUGUGGAGGUCGAAGAUGUUGCAAAAGAUAAAGGCCCCAGCUUGCUCUUCAUCACCUACCCAGAGGCCAUAGCAAACAUGGUGGGAUCUACAUUUUUUGCCAUUAUAUUUUUCCUGAUGAUGAUUACCCUUGGUCUCGAUAGCACAUUUGGAGGUCUUGAAGCAGUAAUCACAGCCAUUAUGGAUGAAUACCCCCACAUUCUAUCUAAUAGGAGAGAACUCUUUGUUCUUGGGUUGGUCAUUGUCUGCUUCACUGGCUCUCUCAGCACACUCACUCAGGGAGGUGCAUAUGUUGUGAAGCUUCUGGAGGAGUUUGGCGCUGGAAGUUCUAUCAUUGCAGUUGUAUUUCUAGAGGCAAUUGCUGUAUCUUGGUUUUAUGGAAUACAGAGGUUCUGUAAUGAUGUCAAAUCCAUGUUGGGCUUUUCUCCAGGAAUAUAUUGGCGAGUUUGUUGGGUAGCUGUUAGCCCAGCAUUCUUAGCAUUUAUCAUAGUCAGCUCUCUACUGGAUCAACCACCUCUUAUGUUAUUUGAUUACCAGUAUCCUGAGUGGACCAUCUCAGUAGGAUUUGUUAUCGGAGCAUCAUCCUUCAUCUGGAUCCCAGUCUACAUGGUGUACAAGCUAGUGUGGACUCCAGGAUCCCUUAAACAGAGACUGGCAGUCUGUAUUCGGCCAGAGAAGUCAGUGAGGGAUCAGCAGCCUGACACUUUAUGCAUGGUGCCUGCCCCAUAGUCUCCUGAUGGAGUGGAUACUGGAGCAGCCUGGCAGAGUGACAGAACAUUGGCCAUUGGUACAUUAUAAUGGUCUUCACUCAUCCCCAUAAAAGUGGGUUUUAAGGGUGCAGUCCCACUUAUUUGGAGUUACAAUAAGAUGAAUGCUGUGGCUUAUGAAAUGCACUGGAGAUUCAUCCUGGUGGACUUGUAAUGCAGAUCAUUUUUUUACAAUGGUUUUCUGUCUUCUCACAUUAUGGAGAAUAUGAAUAAAGACACCCAUUUGUUUAUGCAGUCCAUAUGUUUUCAUUUAAUAUAAUUUUCAUUGACAAUUCGUAGCACGCUUUUAGAAUUUGGAAAUAAUGAGUUAGAAGUUACAGUAUGUAUCCCCACUCACAUUGCUGCUUUCAUU